CAUGGAAGAAGGCAAAUAUCUGAGCUGACAGGCAAAGGCAGUCCCAAUUUUUUCGUUGGAAAAAAACGCGUGCACGUCGCGUCGGCAGUAAAAAAUUCAGCUUUCUUUUUCUGAAUCGUCUCGAAAAUGCCAAUCUCUCCUGACGCGACAAAACGGAGGAAGCGAACCGAAAACAAGCCGCAGGACAAGUUCAGCGCACUUAGAGAUGCGCGAAAAAAUAAGACUCGUCUCCAGGAUUUUCAGUUCCAAGAUCAGGGCGAAGUAUACACUGUUGUUGAAGAAGGAGAUUAUCAGAUGCUAGCUCGUGACAGACAAAAUGAGGAUUUCGUCGACGACGACGAUCAUGCUGGAUAUGCUGAUGGUACCGAAGACUGGGACGAACAACGUUUUUCUGAUGAAUAUUCUGACAACGAAGCUCGAGCAUCUGCUGACAGAAAAAGAAAGCGCAGCAAGAAGGAGAAGCUGUCCCCAACUAAACCGAAAAAUUCGCUCGAUCAAUUUUUCUCAAGAGGCAUGGCAGAGCGCAAACCUCUUACAGAAAAGAAGAAUGAAAAGGUAUGUUUGGAAUUGAAAUGGUAAACCGGA